GCAGCGGGAGUAUAACACAACUCGUCUUUCCAAUUUCAUCUGAUCUGUUUCAUCGCAUCUGCUUCCCGCGCCUCCACCAACUCAUGCGAAAACCCUAAUUUAGUAGUCUCCAUUUGUGAAUUUUCAAAGCCUGUCUUUCUUGAAAUUCCAGUCAUGCGGUCUCAUUUCGCUAGGAUUUGCAGAAAAGAUGCUGCCUUUUCUUGUAUUUUCAAAUAGGAGCUUCUUGUCUACUACUACCAAGGUUUAUCUUUCCAGAAAACUAUUUCUGGACUGUCAUCUAAAGAAGGCCUAAGCAUUUCUCAUUGCGAGAUUUCUAUGCUUUUCUCCACAAGAUAUUGUUCAUUGACAAUCUGCAGAAAGAAAUGGUCUUUCCAUUUGUUUCGGAGCUUUUCCUUCUCAUGCACCGUCAAAACCAUAGAGUUUCCUGAAGAGGACUUCUAUGGCAAUGGUAACGGUCUGAACCCAUGUCAAAACACAUGCCAAAAUCCUAAUUUGGAUUGCACUGCACUGCAGCGUAAAAUGCAAGAACAUGCAAAAUCCGGAUUCUUUGAAGAAGCUUUGAAUGUGUUGGAUCUCAUGAGAAAUAUUAAUGGAAAACCAACUGUUUACGACUAUAAUGCACUUCUAUAUUACUAUUUAAAAUCAGAGCAUGUUAUUGUUGGUGCAUUAUUCAAUGUCUAUGUUGGAAUGAAAAGACUUGGACCGUAUCCAAAUGCAUCUACAUUCAAUACACUUUUUAAUGGAUUGCUAAGGUUAGGGAAUCUGGGAGAUGCUUUUCAUAUUGCAAAAGAGAUGUAUAGCAACGGGUUUAUUCCCUCUUAUAGCUCUUUGAUGAGCUUGUUGAGGAAAUCGUUGAAUUUGGGCAAUUUGGAAGAUUCUUUCUAUAUAUUGGAAUUGAUGUUGCGAUUCGAUUAUUUCCCAAAAGAACAUUCUUUGAGUUUGCUUGUCGGUGGGUUCUGUAGAGCUGGCCGGGUCCACGAGGCAUAUUUCGUGCUUUCAGUUCUUUUGGGUAAGGGAUUUUCCCCUAGUGUGUAUAGCUACAAUCCCAUUCUCCUUGGCUUAUGCCGAUCUUGUCGAAGCUCUAUUUCUUUGGCAGUUUUUGGGUCUUUUUGGAAGAAGGGUUUAUAUAUCAAUGAGCACACAUAUGCGGCGUUGAUUUAUGGGUUUUGUAGGGAACGGCUGUAUGAAGAAGCUUACCGGGUUUUAGACCAAAUGCAGGUUGAUGGGUUUAGGCCUAAUGUUGUCUUGUACACUACAAUUAUUAAGUUUCUUUGUGAGGAUGGAAAGAUUGAAGAGUCUCUGGGUGUAUUGAAUGUUAUGGCAGCAAAGGCCUGCGAGCCUGAUCUGGUCACAUAUAAUGUAAUUCUCCGUGCUCUUUUCUGUUGUGAUAGGAUUUUGGAAGCUGGUGAGUUCAUUCGGAUUAUGGAUGAGAAAGGUUUUUCUCCGGAUAAAUUUACUUAUAGUGCUUUGAUUGGAGGCCUGUUAAAAGCGGGCCGGGUCGGGCACGCGAAUGAGCUUCUGCUUGAUAUUCUCACUAGGGGAUGUGACAUGGAUGUUGCCAUUUGCAAUAUCUAUUUUCAUGGUUUGUGUCGAGAAUACAGGUCGAGGGAAGCCUUCUCUUUGGUGAAGGAUAUGAUGGAGAAGGGUUUUGCUCCAAGUAAUGUGACAUACAACACGAUACUGAAUGGAUUUUGCAAGGAGCAGAAUGUGGAGGAGGCAUUGGAGCUCUUUGAUUGCUUUGAAUGGGUUGGUAGUGGGCCCGACUCGGUUUCCUUCAAUACAAUUAUGUCUGCAGCGUGCAAGCAGGGAAACUCUUCGAUAAUCCGGAGGGUCUUGUAUCGUAUGGAAUUUGAGGGCGUCAAGCUUAAUGCAGUUGCUUGCACCAGUUUGGUUCAGCAUUUCUGCCUGGUUGGGAGAUUCUCGGAAUGCUUUAAGCUCUUGGAUUUGAUGAUCAGCGAUGGGAUCACUCCUACCACCAUCACUUACAAUGUGCUGCUGGAUAGCCUUUGCAAGAAAGGGCUGCUCGGGACUGCUUACUGGAUCUUCAGAUAUUUUGAAAACACACCGGCUUUCCCCGAUACAAUUUCGUAUAAUAUUCUUAUACAUGCUUCCAUAAGGGAAAGCAACUAUUCAAUGCUGAAGCAGUUGUUGAUGUACAUGCAUAGCCAUAAUCUGGGACCUGAUGCUGUCACCUAUGGAUCCUUCAUCUAUGGCCUCUGUAAGGAAGGCAACACAUCCUCCGCUUUGCGUUUGCGAAACUGGAUGUUGGAGAAUGAAAUUACACCAAGUAUCAGUCUAUACAAUACCAUAUUGGAUGCCAUGCUUAGGAGAGGAAAGCUUUGGAAUGUCUUCUUGUUAUUGGUUGACAUGGCAAUAGAAGGGUGUGAGCCAAAUGUGGUUUCUUUCAGCAUUCUAAGCCGUGCUAUGUCCAAAGGCGGGAUGGAAAGAUUUCCUGGGCCCAUGAAGGCUCUCCAACUUCUGCUUAGCAAUGGUUGCAGAAAGGGGAUGCCACUUGGUUUGGAAAUGGGCUAAAAGAGUAGUCUGGUAGCUUUCCAUGCAAUACAUAAGCCAGUGCUGCUGCAAUUUUUACAAGGACCGGGCCUGUCUGAAAUAGCGUGUGGCGUUUUCUGCCCAUCAUGCCCGAUCAGGAUUACCUUGGUCUCGAUGAGGUUAGUUGAUGAUACAUCGUCCAGCGCACAAAUUGGUGGGUGGUCGGUUGUAAAUCUUUUGCCAAGCAAUCAUGAGAAUUCCUGCUUCAAAGAUGAUUGGUGAGACAAGUUCUGAAACCGCCCCAAGUAGCUCUGACGAGGUUGAUGAUGAUGGUUGGCAUUUUCUUUACUGUCUUUGGCUGUUGAAUUUGAUAUAUUUUCUACAAUGAUGGGGAAAGGAUUGAUUUUCUACCUUUAGUUUCGGUCACACAAGACUGCCCUUCAUAUGUUGGACCCUGCUGUGGAAGGGUGAUUCUCCAAAAAUCUCCCCUGUUGAACAAUCUCUAGCCUUUAGUUGGCCUGCAAAUGGGUGCUUGGAAAGCAAGGUACAGCCCAUGUUCCAUAUGUGACGGAAAGUUCCAUGGAUGGUAUGUCUCACAUUGUUUGAUCAGGAGAUUUUUGAUCCAUCCCCCAUCCAUAGUCUGGCCUACCAGGUGAACAGUCUGCAUUACUUUGUUGAGAACUUCAGAAACUAUCUUACAUGGCUGCUUAAAUUUUGGCGGUUUUGUUUUUGGGCUUGAUAGCAUGGGAGUAUCAGGCUUUCAACCUCCACAUCCUAAGAUAUGUGGAUCUCUGAAUGGCCCAUCUGUUAUGAUACUUGGGAUUAAGCUUUAGAGAUGGGAGGAAAUAACUGCAUGAAGCGUGUAGUGGCAGCAGAUUCGGUUGUGGGCGUGGGGAAGCAUCUAUUUCAAAGUGUUAGCAAGUAUAACCACUGUGAAGUCUGGAGCAUGAUUCGAAGUAGGAUUGGCAUGUGGUUGAAAGGAUCUUGGAACAAAAGGAAUACAUUUGGCAUGCAAAGAACAUAGUCCCAUAAAAGGAUAAAGCGAACUGAAGUGGCGGAAGAGUUAGGAGAGCAAUCUUUUUUUAUUAAUUUCAGAUGGACCUGGAUAUGGAGAGGGUGGUCCAUAUCCCGAAAGGACAGUGAAAUGCGCACAGGCUUGGAUAUUGAAGGACUUGCUGUACAGUUGGUGCUUGGAUCAAAAUUCUAUGAUCUGCAGACCAAGCGGAGUAGUGGACAUGAGGCUAGAGGAUUAUACCUACUUGAUAUGGACCAGUCAUGGUUUGAUCAUGUGGCUGGGUCAAGAUUGAAUAAUCGGGAUCAUGUCCGUCUUUAGCAUUCCUGCAUUGGGCACCUUUCUCUUCGUUCUCUUCGUACUUUGUUUCCUAAUAAAUUCAAUUCCAAUGUCUCUUUUCA